AUGUCAAAAAGAGCCAACACAACCAUGGGCAGGAUCACCUUCUUUGAGGAGAGGAACUUCCAGGGCCGCUCCUAUGAAUGCAUAAGUGACUGCUCCGACAUGUCCUCCUACCUGAGCAGGUGCCAGUCCUGCCGCGUUGAGAACGGCUGUUUCAUGGUUUAUGAGCGCCCCAACUUCAUAGGUAAUCAAUACUUCAUGAGGAGGGGCGAGUACGCCGACUCAAUGAGCAUGAUGGACAUGAGGGACUGUAUCAGGUCUUGCCGUGCUAUACCAAAGCACAGAGGCCAGUUCAGAAUGAAAAUCUUCGAGAAGGAGAACUUCAGCGGCCAGUCCCACGAGCUGCAGGAUGACUGUGACAACAUCAUGGACCGCUUCCGCAUGAACGACUGCAUGUCUUGCCAGGUGAUGGAGGGGCACUGGCUGAUGUUUGAGCACCCCCAGUUCCGGGGCAAGAUGAUGUACGUGAGGCCUGGGGAGUACCGCAGCUUCAAAGAGUUGGGCCUAAGCAGCAUGGGUAUCAUGAGCAUGAGGCGCAUCAUGGACAUUUAA